AUGUCGGAGUCUUCUAACCUUGUGUCACUGCAGGUGCGCAUCUGGGUGGCGGAGAAGGACGUUGCGAAAUAUUUCGAAGCCCUCGGGGCUGUCUUUUACAAGAUUGCCCGCGAACCCGAAUGCACGCUCUUCGAAGUGUAUCAGUCGCAGGAAAACAAAGGGGAGAUCUUAGUGCUCAAGAAUUGUUCUCUUCAGCUUGGAACUCUUCGGCUGAUAUGGGAGCAGGUGGCGAUGAAAAGACCGUAUCUCGAUGAGUACCAUGAUACUGUCGAACCAUUGUUUAUCAAGCCCAAAGAGGUGACAAUUGCCGAUCGCUCGUCGUGUCGAGUACCCGAUCAAGAAGCAGCCACCAACCUCAGUCCCAUCCACAUCUCUACAUUUCCUCACUUCCCUCAGAAAAGUAGGAGAAGCUCUAGCGAGUUCUCUCAGCACCAGAGACACCAGCGAUCUGGAGCCAGCACUUGUCUUCCUCAACAAACUGCUUUCUUCAUCGCCUCUGAAACUGAUUCUACGUUGUUUACUCUCUUCAACCUGAAACUUAGUUUCUACCCUCCGCAACACAUCCUCAACUUGGCAUCAGUCAUGGAGAAUGAACUCUCAACCCACACAUCUCAUGAAAGUGAUAAAACAUCAGAGUUAUCUCACAGCAGCCCACCAUCACCCCUCAGUAUUGGCGUCGAUUCACAGCACGUCUCCAAGCAGCUACCGACCGCGGACAAUGGAGUUCCGACCCAGGUCACUCACAAAAGUGUAGAUCCCUCAAAGUUCUCGCACAAUAGCUCUGGCAUUUCUCCUGGUGAUGGAGUUUGUCCAACAACAUCGCAGUUUAAUCUGUGUUAUCGAUCCAAGUUUACUCAGUGGAAAAAUGCGGCCACUGCGCAUAUCCCGGGCUCUGAUUCGUUGGAAUUCUACAUACAAUCCUUCUUAGACCUGCUCAAGGACGUUCCUCCAUUUUUUCAUUCUCCUCCGGAAGAGGUGGUGAGAAAUGUGGGCGACUGUCUUAUCGAAUCAGAGAUAUGCAUCGAGUCAACGGAGGAUCCCUCCUGCGAUCAACCUCGUAUGUCCCUCAAAUAUCGUCACUUCAUCGCAAAGCCAUGGCCUGUCACAUGCCGUACUGCUACAGAAAUGCCAACAGAAGUUGCAAUCCCCGCUUCUGCGAGUCCUCUUCGUGCCGGUUAUUUCACGAGCAUCGCCCUAGCCUGGUCUUAUAUCUUUUCUGCCCGCUGGGUGGAGAUUCUACAGCAAGCUGGGUUGGAGUGUCAGAUGUUUCAUGCAAAAGGCUUGAAGCUUAAAAACUCUUUCUGGGACAUUGUUCUGCAGGGUCAUUGGGAAGCUCGAUGCAGGGACCCCGAAGACGAGGAAGAACAAGUUUACUCUCCGUGGAUGCUGAGACUGUCUGACAUUUCAAACGCCCAACUAUUCCAAUCUAUUGAUCAAUGCAUGUUUCUCAGCGCAGCAAAAGAGGCUAUCGACUCACUGAUUUGUAGGGCCGCGUACCUAGGUAUAAGUGAAGCUCUCUCGCCAUUGGAUAAGCUGAGCAAGCAGCCGCUGCAGUCAGAGCACAAAUCCUAUGAUAAGCAAUGUCACCCUAUUGACAAGAUUGAUGAGCGGCAGCUCCUCCACGCGAUAACGUAUGAGAAACCACAUUUGAGUCUUUUCUGGGCAGCCGCAAUUUACACCAGCCAGAUGAACUAUCGCUCAGCCUCUUCCCAGGAGCUCAUGAGCACUCGGGUGGAUGAGUUUCAGACCUCGCACUUCUGUCUGUCCAACACUAGUUCACUGCCGUGGCCAUGGUCUCCCGCACCACCAUUUGGCUCAACUCCAGUCACAAAUCUAAGCCUCGAGGCUAGGGAGCAUCUUCCACACACGCAUAUACCUCGUUCCUGGCAGAUAUACUGGGUACUAGAAUCUGGGCAAAGGAUUCCCGCCAGCAGCAAACAUGAGAUCGAAAAUUCAAAGGGGAUGCUGAAGAAUCUGGCUGAAGUGCAAUCGCACAAUGGAACACAGAGGCUCUUCUGUUGGCAGAGACAUCACGAGGGUGCUAUAUGGCUUGACGAUGGGUUGGGUGACCUUGACGCAAUCCGACGUAUGCAGAUACAUCCUUGGAUCAAAGACCCCUGGAACAAUGAUGACUUUCCGGUUUCUAAACCUCAACACAAGGAGCUUGAUUUGGAGAGAAUCUUGCAAUGGAGAGAUGCGGUAGAGCACGAUGGCUACUAG